AUUCUCGUUGUUUAGCCGUACCUCUCCGCCGGGAACCGUAGAAAUACUUUCUAGGAUUGAUUUAAGCGCCGUUGUUUUGCGUAGUAAAAAAAAAAAAAAAGCUACAUAUAUUUACAUAAGACUGGAGGACAUUUCGUGUUCGGACAUUGUGUUAGCCUGAGUUAAACAACUUUAGGGCAGUUUUCUGAAGUGGGAAGACUAAAUUUCAUCGCAAGCGAAGCCCUUUGGGAUAAAGAGACUGCUGGAAACUGCUGCAUAGGGCUGCGCUCUCGUAGUUUUUUCGGACGGGUUUAACCAGUGGAACGAACUUUUUUUUUUUCUGCCGCAAAGUUCGUUAAGAAGAAAAAAAAUGCGCAAACCUGUUAGCUAAACGUCGAGCUUCGUCGUUAGCGGGACCGCACAUUAAAAGUCUGGAUAUACUGUUUUUCGAGGAAGUUUUCCUGCAUCCAAUCUCAGCUCAUGAGUCUUCCUUAUCUGACCGAGGCUGGCUGUUUCACGGCUCCCCGCCAGUAAGCUGUGGACUGUGGAUGCCCUGCUGCUGAUGUCCCAAACACCUGAAUGGAGUUCCAGUCGCACAAAAGCCAACAGUUGUAGCUCCUUCAGCAGGAUGCUGAUGAGGCCAAGUAUAUUUCUGUUGCUGGCUUUGUUCGCCCAAGUUUUGAGGACCCAGUGCCGGCCUGCCAACACUGAUGAAGUCUCUGUGGAGGCGCAAGCCGAGCUGUAUACCCGUUACAUCGGGGAUCGCCUGGAUCUCAGUUGCUCUGCCAAGGACUCCCUCCAUGCUGUCAACUGGACCAAAGACCAUGUAACUGUAGUAGAUGGAGAACAUACUCGUAUCCGCAAUGGCCAGCUGGAGAUCGAGUCUGUGGAGCUGACUGACUCCGGUCUGUACGUGUGCACGACCUUCGGCAACCACAGCAUCUACUUCAACGUGACUGUUGAUACCUUGGCCUCAUCUGAGGAUGAUGAUGAAGAUGAAGAGUCUUCAUCAGAGGAAACCAAACUGCUGGGCAGUCAAAAGCUGAUGCCAAUGGCUCCACAAUGGGCUCACCCAGAAAAAAUGGAGAAGAAGCUUCAUGCCGUUCCAGCCAGCAAAACUGUAAAGUUUCGAUGCCAGGCCAGUGGCAACCCAACUCCCACUCUGAAAUGGUACAAGAAUGGGAAGGAGUUCAAGAGAGACCAUCGCAUUGGAGGCUUCAAGGUCCGUGACCAUGUAUGGACCAUCAUCAUGGAGUCUGUAGUACCCUCUGACAAGGGAAACUAUACCUGUGUGGUGGAAAACCAGUAUGGCAGCAUUAAUCACACCUAUCAGCUAGAUGUCGUGGAGCGCUCUCCACACAGGCCCAUCCUGCAGGCUGGCCUGCCAGCUAAUUGCACUGCAGUAGUAGGCAGUGACGUGGAGUUUGAGUGCAAGGUGUUCAGUGACCCUCAGCCCCACAUUCAGUGGCUGAAGCACAUCGAGGUCAAUGGGAGCCGUGUUGGUCCAGAUGGUCUACCCUACGUUCGUGUCCUCAAGCAUUCUGGGGUCAAUAGCUCGGACGCUCAGGUGCUGACCCUCUACAAUGUGACAGAGGAGGAGAGCGGAGAGUAUAUAUGUAAAGUGUCCAAUUAUAUAGGAGAGGCCAAUCAGUCAGCCUGGCUGACUGUCACCAGAUAUGAACCCACAGCGGUCCCGCACUACCCCCCAGCCAGCCACACCUACCUGGAGGUAGUCAUCUACUGUGUGGGCUUCUUUUUCAUAGCCAUCAUGAUUGCGAUCGCAAUUAUCGUCAAGAUUCGCACCUCCUCUAAGAAGAGUGACUUCAACAGUCAGCUGGCCGUCCAUAAGCUGGCCAAAAGCAUCCCCCUGCGCAGACAGGUAACAGUGUCUGUAGACUCAAGCUCCUCCAUCCACUCCGGAGUGAUGCUAGUCCGCCCCUCCCGCCUCUCUUCCAGUGGCACGCCAAUGUUGUCAGGAGUUUCUGAGUAUGAGCUGCCGCAAGAUCCCCGCUGGGAGCUUCCCCGGGACAGACUUGUUCUUGGGAAGCCACUGGGCGAAGGCUGCUUUGGCCAGGUGGUGAUGGGGGAAGCGCUUGGUCUCGACAAAGAGAAGCCAAACCGUGUCACCAAGGUUGCAGUCAAAAUGUUGAAAUCUGAUGCCACAGAGAAAGACCUGUCAGACCUCAUUUCAGAGAUGGAGAUGAUGAAGAUCAUUGGGAAGCACAAGAACAUCAUUAAUCUGCUGGGAGCCUGUACACAGGAUGGUCCUCUAUAUGUGAUAGUUGAAUAUGCAUCCAAGGGCAACUUGCGAGAAUACCUCCGGGCUCGCCGCCCACCAGGUAUGGAGUACUGCUACAACCCAGACCAGGUUCCUGUGGAGAACGUGUCUGUCAAAGAUCUUGUGUCCUUUGCUUACCAAGUGGCCCGAGGCAUGGAGUAUCUGGCCUCCAAAAAGUGCAUCCACAGAGACCUUGCAGCUCGCAAUGUUUUGGUGACAGAGGACAAUGUGAUGAAAAUAGCCGACUUUGGCCUGGCAAGAGAUAUCCACCACAUUGACUAUUAUAAGAAGACCACCAAUGGCCGUUUGCCAGUGAAGUGGAUGGCUCCAGAGGCUCUGUUUGACCGGAUAUACACGCACCAAAGUGAUGUCUGGUCAUUUGGGGUGUUGCUUUGGGAGAUCUUCACCCUAGGUGGCUCUCCAUAUCCUGGUGUUCCAGUGGAAGAGCUGUUCAAGCUGCUCAAGGAAGGUCACCGUAUGGACAAGCCCUCCACAUGCACACAUGAGCUGUAUAUGAUGAUGAGGGACUGCUGGCAUGCUGUGCCUUCUCAGAGGCCCACAUUCAAACAGUUAGUAGAAGACCUGGAUCGUGCUCUGGCCUUGACAUCUAACCAGGAGUAUUUGGAGCUUUCAGUGCCUCUGGACCAAUAUUCCCCCAGCUACCCAGACACCCGCAGCUCCACCUGCUCCUCUGGAGAGGACUCUGUUUUCUCACAUGAUGCUGGUGCGGAGGAACCAUGCCUGCCCAAGUUCCCUCCUCACUCUAAUGGGGCGGCCAUUAAGAAACGUUGAUACCUCCUGUUCUUUCAAACAUUGACAUUUCCUCCACUCCCUGCCUCAUGGGGUUGGACUCCUCCCCGUAUUCCCAGAGAUGAAGCUAAAUUAAAAAACAAAAACCCCACUGGUGCUUUUGUGGAGAAGGAUCUUGGAGACACCUUGUUGAACUCACUUGGAUCACAUGGACUGAAGAUUGCAGCCAUUUCCCAGUUCUUGUUGGUGACUGUGUUACGAGCACUUUGUAUUAACGGGACUGGCUUACAGUGCCAGAAAAGAAACUGACUUUUCUCAUCACUUGGGGCAUUCCAAAGCCGGGUCAGGAGAACUGAAAGGACUGAUGUUUGGGGGGGGUGUAGGGUUUGAUUUGGUUUGUUUGUCCUCAGUGUUUGUUUCAUCAAAGGUGAAGACCAGCACUCUGCUUUUCAGACCAAAUCCACAGAAGAUGCUAUCAAGAGAUGUGCAGCACCAUGGGCCACUGCAUCAUUCAUUAUCAUCUUGUACAUACAGUUAGGAAAUUAUGAAUACAAAUAUAUAUAUUUACACUGUAUUCUUAUUUUUAUUACCAUAAUUGACUUACUUUUUGUACAAGGAUGCUUCUGCUUGAUCCAUUUUUGAGUUUAGCCUGAGGGGAAGUUGCUCCAUGAGGGUAUUUUAAAAUUGAUAAGGAUUACAUGGCCAUUUCUUUCUUUCUCGCCGUAUCACAGCUUUGAUUUUCCCCUAUUUUUUUUUUUUUCUUUACUGCAUAAUCUUUGAUGGAAAUAUAUAUUGGGUUUUUUGUUUUUUUGUUUGUUUUUUUUAAACUAAGUGCUUUUCAUGACGCAACCUUGCAAUACAGUUUCUUAGUGUUUUGGAUGGCUUUCCAGCUGUGUGUGUGUGUGUGUGUGUGUGUGUGUGUGUGUGUGUGUGUGUGUGUGUGUGUGUGUGUGUGUGUGUGUGUGUGUGUGUGAAAAUGAUCUCUUCACUUCAAGAAUGGUCACAACUGUAAAUAUUUCUGGUUGUAUGCCAGGCUUGUUAAUAUCCACAGCAAUCCACAACCGUGCGCACCUUUUCAUGUGAUGAACUUUUCUCCUACUGUAAAUGAUUUAACAGGGGUUACAUUUGCUGCCAUAUAACUUCUGACAAAGGCUUGCAGAACACGUAUGUCAUCAUAAAAAGGAUUACAUUGAAUAAAAUGCUGUUGAUAAAUA